AAGGAUCACGUGACUCCGCUCCGGCUAGUCUCCGCCUCCUUCCCCUCCCCAGGCCGGAGCGAGAGCUGUUGUGGACUGUGUAACAGGCUCUCGGCCCGGUGGACUGACUGGAGCAGGGACGCUGCAGCCGGUUAGGCCAGUGCCCUUUCCCGCUCUGGAAAGGAAGAGAAAUGGAAGUGAAAAAAUUGAGCAUUUCCUGGCAAUUCUUAAUAGUUCUGGUUCUGAUCCUGCAAAUUCUGUCUGCGUUGGAUUUUGACCCAUACAGAGUCCUAGGGGUCAGCCGAACAGCCAGUCAGGCUGACAUUAAAAAGGCUUAUAAGAAGCUCGCCCGGGAAUGGCAUCCUGACAAAAACAAAGAUCCUGGAGCAGAAGACAAGUUCAUUCAGAUUAGCAAGGCUUACGAGAUUCUUUCUAAUGAAGAAAAGAGAUCAAAUUAUGAUCACUAUGGAGAUGCUGGAGAGAACCAAGGGUACAAGAAGCAGCAACAGCAGCAAGAGUAUCGCUUCCGCCAUUUCCAUGAAAAUUUUUAUUUUGAUGAAUCAUUUUUUCACUUCCCUUUUAACUCUGAGCGGCGGGACUCAAUUGAUGAAAAGUAUUUAUUGCACUUUUCACAUUAUGUGAAUGAAGUGGUUCCAGAUAGCUUCAAGAAACCCUACCUCAUUAAGAUCACCUCAGACUGGUGCUUUAGCUGUAUCCAUAUUGAGCCUGUUUGGAAAGAAGUCGUCCAAGAACUUGAAGGAUUAGGUGUAGGAAUUGGCGUGGUCCAUGCUGGGUAUGAGAGACGCCUAGCCCAUCACCUGGGAGCACACAGUACACCAUCUAUCCUAGGAAUUAUAAAUGGGAAAGUCUCCUUCUUCCAUAACGCAGUUGUCCGUGAGAACCUACGGCAAUUUGUAGAAAGUCUUCUUCCAGGGAACUUGGUGGAGAAAGUUACAAAUAAAAAUUAUGUCAGAUUCCUCUCUGGUUGGCAGCAAGAGAAUAAACCUCAUGUCCUUCUGUUUGACCAAAUGCCAGUUGUGCCGCUACUAUACAAGUUGACUGCUUUUGCAUACAAAGAUUAUUUGUCCUUUGGCUAUGUGUAUGUGGGUUUGAGAGGGGCUGAAGAGCUGACAAGGCAGUACAACAUCAAUGUCCACGCCCCCACCCUCCUGAUCUUUAAAGAACACAUCAACAAACCUGCUGAUGUUAUCCAGGGCCGAGGUAUGAAGAAGCAGGUCAUUGAUGACUUCAUCACCCAAAACAAGUACCUCUUGGCAGCCAGGCUCACCAGUCAGAAGUUGUUCCAUGAACUCUGCCCUGUGAAACGGUCUCACCGACAGCGGAAGUACUGUGUAGUUUUACUGACUGCCGAGGCUACCAAGUUGAGUCAGCCCUUUGAGGCUUUCCUGUCCUUUGCCCUGGCAAACACGCAGGACACUGUGAGAUUCGUGCAUGUCUACAGCAGUCGACAGCAAGAGUUUGCCAACACCUUACUACCAGACAGUGACGUGUUUCGAGGAAAAUCAGCGGUGUCUAUCUUAGAAAGGCGCAACACAGCAGGAAGGGUGGUUUUUAAAACCCUGGAAGAUCCCUGGACUGGGAGCGAGAGUGAUAAGUUCAUCCUUUUGGGUUAUCUCGACCAACUGAGGAAAGAUCCAGCCCUCCUGUCCUCUGAAGCUGUGCUUCCCGACCUGACCGAUGAACUUGCCCCUGUGUUUCUACUUCGGUGGCUCUACUCUGCUUCUGAAUACAUCUCAGACUGCUGGGAUAGCAUAUUUCACAACAACUGGAGGGAAAUGAUGCCCCUCUUGUCCCUGAUCUUCUCGGCCCUCUUCAUCCUCUUUGGUACUGUCAUCAUGCAGGCUUUCAGUGAUUCAAAUGACGAACGAGAGUCAAACCCUCCAGAUAAACAGGAAGUCCAUGAGAAGUCUGGCAAGACAGAGCCAACCUUCAGCAAAGAAAACAGCAGCAAGAUUCCUAAAAAAGGCUUUGUGGAGGUAACUGAACUCACAGAUGUAACAUACACCAGUAACUUGGUACGUCUGAGGCCAGGCCACAUGAACGUGGUCCUCAUCCUGUCAAAUUCCACCAAGACCAGCCUUCUCCAGAAAUUUGCUUUGGAGGUCUACACAUUCACUGGGAGCAGCUGCCUCCAUUUCUCCUUCCUGAGUCUAGAUAAACACAGAGAGUGGCUAGAAUACUUACUAGAAUUUGCUCAAGAUGCAGCCCCAAUUCCAAACCAGUAUGAUAAGCAUUUCAUGGAUCGUGACUACACAGGCUAUGUACUGGCACUGAACGGCCACAAGAAGUACUUCUGCCUCUUCAAGCCCCAAAAAACAGUCGAGGAGGAGGAAGCAGCCAUAGGGUCAUGCAGUGAUCUUGACUCUUCUCUCCACCUGGGUGAAUCUCGAGGGAAAUCUUCCUCUGCCCUUGGGUCCAGGCCCAUCAAAGGGAAGUUGAGCAAGUUGUCCUUGUGGAUGGAACGCCUGUUGGAAGGCUCCUUACAGAGGUUUUAUAUCCCAUCGUGGCCUGAAUUAGACUGAGAGGAUUUCAAAAAGGGAAUUGAACUCUUCAGACUUUUUAACAUACCCCUGUGAACAGGUAUUUCCAGGACUCAAACUAUCCCAAGGAACAGAGUAUAGAUUUUAGAUUACUCUUCUAGAAUGGCUAGAAGAAUCUUUCCUUUGUCCUCUUCUAACCUCAGAGUGAAAAACAUCACAAGUU